AACAACUACUUCUACGGGCAGCUGCACGUGCAGGCGGCGCCCGUGGGCCCGGCCUGCUGCGGGGCCGUGCCGCCGCUGGGCGCCCAGCAGUGCUCCUGCGUCCCGACGCCCCCAGGCUACGAGGGCCCCGGCUCGGUGCUGGUGUCCCCGGUCCCGCACCAGAUGCUGCCCUACAUGAACGUGGGCACGCUGUCGCGCACCGAGCUGCAACUCCUCAACCAGCUGCACUGCCGGCGGAAGCGGCGGCACCGCACCAUCUUCACCGACGAGCAGCUGGAAGCGCUGGAGAACCUCUUCCAGGAGACCAAGUACCCAGACGUGGGCACCCGCGAGCAGCUGGCCCGGAAGGUGCACCUCCGCGAGGAGAAAGUGGAGGUCUGGUUUAAAAACCGCCGCGCCAAAUGGAGGCGGCAGAAGCGGUCCUCGUCGGAGGAGUCGGAAAACGCCGAGAAGUGGAACAAGACGUCGUCCAAGGCGUCGCCCGAGAAGAGGGAAGAGGAAGGUAAAAGCGAUUUGGACUCGGACAGCUGACGGCCGCGGGCCGGCUGUGGCUCUUGCCUAACUCGAAGGACUUGCACAGACAGACGAUGCUACUUUCUUGCACACGCGCUGCCUUGCGGGAGGGGGUCGAGAAAGAGGAACGAGGAGCUGUAAAUAGUGUACAGAGCCGGGAGGGCCGGCGCCUGGGGUCGGGGUCGCGCCGGGGCUUACAGCCCCGAAGUCCGAGGCGGCCGGCGCCUCGCUCCCCGCCGUAGUAUUUAUAGUUAAGUUAACGGUGACAAUACAAUAAAGUGAUGGCGAUGUA